AUGGCUACCACACCUCCAGACUCUGCGGAGCGGCUGCGCGCCGCGGGCAACCAGAGCUUUCGCAACGGCCAGUUCGCCGAGGCUGCGGCGCUCUACAGCCGCGCGCUGCAGGUGAUGCAGGAGCAAGGUUCUUUGGACCCUAAAGAAGGAAGCGUUCUCUACUCCAACCGAGCAGCAUGCCACUUGAAGGAUGGGAACUGCAGAGACUGCAUCAAAGAUUGUACUUUAGCACUGGCCUUGGUUCCCUUCAGCAUGAAGCCCUUGCUGCGGCGAGCGUCGGCCUACGAGGCUCUGGAGAAGUAUCCCCUGGCCUAUGUUGACUACAAGACUGUGCUGCAGAUUGAUGACAGUGUAAAGUCGGCCUUGGAAGGCGUCAACAGAAUGACCAGAGCUCUCAUGGACUCACUUGGGCCCGAGUGGCGCCUGAAGCUGCCCUCUAUUCCCUUGGUGCCUAUUUCAGCUCAAAAGAGGUGGGAUUCAGAAAACCACAAAGAGACAGCUAAAAGCAAAUCCAAAGAAACCACAGCUGCCAAGAGCAGAGUGCCUUCUUCUGGGGAUGUGGAAAGAGCCAGAGUUCUCAAGGAAGAAGGCAAUGAGCUUGUAAAGAAGGGAAACCAUAAGAAAGCUAUUGAGAAGUACAGUGAAAGCCUCUCGUUUAGUAAUCUGGAGUCCGUCACGUACAGCAACAGAGCGCUCUGCUAUUUGGCCCUGAAGCAGUACAAGGAAGCGGUGAGGGACUGCACAGAAGCUCUCCAGCUGGAUGGGAAGAACGUGAAGGCGUUUUACAGACGGGCUCAAGCCUAUAAGGCACUUAAGGACUAUAAAUCCAGCUUUGCAGACAUCAACAGCCUCCUAAAAAUUGAGCCCAGGAACGGCCCUGCACAGAAGUUGCAGCAAGAAGUUAAUCAGAACUUAAACUAAAAACCCAAAAGGGCAGCAGGAAACCACCAGACGACCUUCCUCUGUGCCUGCUCCUGGGACCCAGCAUGCCCCAGAGUGAGCUCUGAAGCACCCUCCUCUGCCCCACAAAGAGGUCAUGGUCUCCCACCCCUUAAGAGGCUUUGUUCAAAUUAAGCUCAGUGUGGCCAAAAACCAGAUAUUGUUUUGCUGGAAAGGUCCCCUGCUAUGCUGAAGCCCUGUUCCCCAUUCCCCUGCCUUGGACAGCUAGUGGAUCACACAAACAGGUCCUCAUCAGCAAAGCACUGGGCUCUGUCCCUGCCCCAAGCUUGCUCUGGACUGAGUGUUGCCCUUCGAGCUUCAGACCCACUUCAGUGUGGUUCAUCUGAGUAAACUGAGUUGGGGGGUACAGGGGGGGCGGCCACAGGGCUAGAAAACCCUGGCCCACCCACAUCUAAAGCAGCCUGUUGAGCUGGUUCUCCAGGGCUGCCAUCCUGCCCUGUCCUUGGCAUAGUCCCCUGUGUUCUGAGCUCCAGCCCCUUUUGGCCAGGCCCCACUUUGGUGGGGAUGCAGAACCCUGACCCUUGGGUGGCUUUGUUGGGGGCUCUGUGCUGCCUCCUGCAUGGAG